AUGACUAUACAAAGUUCAAGUAUUGAUAAAAAUAUUUCAAUUGACGGAGCUUGGACAACGUGGUGAUCAUACUCCCCGUGCACAAAGUCCUGCGGAAGCGGCACUCAGUUCCGUGAGCGCUCCUGCACCAACCCGCGCCCGGCUAACGGCGGAGCAGACUGUACCGGAAACGCCAGAGAGAAUCACGCGUGUAACACAGCCGCCUGCCCAACGGCACCUCCACCGACAACCACGGUUCAGACGCUCCCUCCAGCCACAAUGGCUACUGGUUGUGUUGAGCCCGCGGACAUUGUGUUCAUCUUGGACGCUUCCGGAAGCGUCGGGGCUUCGAACUUCCAGAAAAUGCUGGGCUUUGUCAACACCCUGGUAGACGGGUUCCCGAUCGGGCCCACGCAGACUCAUAUCGGACUGCUGACCUUUGACACGAAGGUCUACAACCAGUUCCAUCUGAACAAGUACAACGACAAGACCGCCAUCAAGAACGCAGUUACAAGCACUCAGUACACAUCUGGCACAACGCACACGGCUGAGGCGAUCAAGUACGCCCGGGAGACGUCCUUCUCCACCGCCAACGGCAUGAGGGCAAAUGUCGCCAAGGUCGCUAUCAUCGUCACUGACGGCAAAUCCAACAACGCCGCUGCCACGGCUUCAGAGGCAGCCAGCCUGCGCGCACAUGGUAUCACCGUGUUUGCGGUAGGUGUUGGGGCUGGCGCCCAACAGAGCGAGCUGAAUUCAAUGGCAACGGACCCGGACAGCUCCCACGUGUUCCAAGUGGACAAUUUCAACAACCUCGCCAACAUCAAGACCUCGCUUUCACACCAGGCGUGUGAAGUCAAAGUGGUAACGUUGCCGCCGACGACGCCUGCUCCGAAGGCGGACUGCCAAGCCCAGGCGGACAUUAUGUUCCUGCUGGACUCUUCCGGUUCCGUGGGCUCCCCCAACUUCCAGACAAUGAAGGGCUUUGUCCACGACAUGAUGAACAGCUUCAACAUCGGGCCUAACGCCGUCCAGGUGGGCGUGGACACGUUCCAGACGAGCGUCAAGGCAGAGUUCUACAUGAACACGUACCAAGACCGCCCGAGCGUCCAACAGGCCAUCAACAACAUCGCUUAUCACUCCGGCUUGACCCACACUGGCGAGGCUCUCCGAUUCAUGCACACUGACAGUUUCUCCGCCGCGCACGGUGACAGAGCCAAUGUACCCAACAUCGCCAUCGUGGUCACUGACGGACAGUCAAACAACCCGACCCUCACGGCUGCGGAAGCGAAGGCGGCCAGGGACGCCGGCAUAACCAUCCUUGCCAUCGGUGUCGGCCACGGUGUGGUGCGGUCGGAACUCAACGAGAUCGCUUCUGACCCAGACAGUACCCACGUUUUUACUGCCGACUCGUUUUCUGCCCUGAGCUCCUUGAAUGCCCUCCUGUCUACAAAAGCGUGUGAAGUAUCGAAACCUCAUGCACAGCCGCAUACCGCCCCUAACUGUGCGGCCAAGGCCGACGUCGCUUUCAUUCUCGAUUCUUCCGGAAGUAUUGGUGCCACCAACUACCAAAAAAUGCUCCAGUUCGUUCGUGACGUCACAUCUAAGUUUGACGUCGGUCCAGACAAGGUGCGCAUUGCAACGGAGAGUUUCAGCGACAGAACAUUCCCACAAUUUAAUCUGAACAGGUAUACGACCCAGCAGCAGGUGGACCAGGCCAUCGCCAACAUCCCGUACAAGCAGGGAACCACCAACACGGGACAGGCUCUCCAUGACGCCUACACCACGAUAUUCAACCAGAACAACGGUGACCGUCCUGGCAUACCCAACAUCGCCAUCGUAGUUACAGACGGACGGUCGACAAACCGACCUAACACUCUGGCUGAGGCACAGAAACUUCGCAACUCUGGCGUUCAGGUGUUUGCUGUCGGUGUAGGUGGCGGUGUGGAUACGUCGGAGCUAAACGCAAUCGCGAGCGACCCGGACAGUUCCCAUGUGCUUACCGUGCAGGAUUUCAGCCAGCUUGCCUCGAUCACCGCCUCCCUCAACAGCCAGGCAUGCGCCGCGAUCCCCCCAACUGGCCAGACAGUGAUGACAACGAUUCCUCCGCACGCAUGCCAGGACAACUUGCCAAACUGCAAAGCGUAUGAAUUACCCGGGGUGUGCACGAGCUACGCCGAGUGGUCGCACAGCAACUGCGCUGCAAGCUGUGGCUUCUGUCGUAAGUAA